AUGGGUGAAAACACCAUCACAAAGCCUCUUGGCUUAGUUUUGAUCAUCACAGCUCACAUAGUGUUCAACGACCCCAGCCAUGCAGAAGUCAUCGGGACCCUUGGCAGUAACAUCACCCUUCAGUUUAUAUUUAAUAUCAGCUUUACCAAAACCAAUUACAUUGCAAUUUAUACAUUAGGCGAGAAAAAGAUUGAUGAUUAUGCAAAAUGGAAACGUUCCUUUGAUAUUUACCCCCAAAAUUCAUCUGUAUUUUACCACAUCACAAAUCUCACUAUAAACCACAGUAACACCUACUGGGCCAGUGUAUUUCUGGGCUUUGGCAGCCCAGAAAAAAGUAAUGAAGUCCAGCUGAUCGUUGAAGAAAGGAACACAAGCAGUACAGCUCCUCCAACGUUGACUACGCACACGGGAGCUCAUGUCAAUGAAAGUAGUCCCAUUACCAACAUCGUCAUCGUCCUCGCGGUUUUACCUGUGGUCCUGUUAGCUACAGUACUCCCAUGGUUGAUCUGUAGUCUCGUGAAACCUACAGAGAUGGGGUCAGGAGAUGAUGUUAAGCCUAGCUUAGCAUUAAACAAACAACAACAACAACAACAACAACAACAAAGGCCAGGCCAAAGCUCAACUCUCACAGUGCAUGAAUCAAUUGAGUCAUCGAGCAGUAUGCCCACAGCCUCGGUGAUCUACAGUGUCUUGGACUUCCCCAGAAGACCUCCAACAGCUGUGGAGAUUAACCCAAGAGAUACAGAGUAUGCAGCUGUCAGCUAUCUCCAAGAGAAGAGAUACAUGUGAUGUACGGCUGAUUGU